AAUUCCCAGACCCUUAUUAGAACAGUUUAACAAGCGCAUCCCUUCCUUUGAACGUGCUACCCGAAUCUCCUCUUGCAGAUCAUGUCAGUGCCGAAUAACAUCAACCUGGGACCAUCUGCCAAUUCCUUAGCCAAACCAACAGACUUUGAUUUUCUAAAAGUUAUUGGAAAAGGGAGCUUUGGGAAAGUCCUCCUUGCUAAACAUAAAUCAGAUGGCAGGUUUUACGCCAUCAAAGUCUUGCAGAAGAAAAUGAUCCUGAACAGAAAAGAUCAAAAGAACAUUAUGGCUGAACGCAAUGUGCUACUGAAAAAUCUCAAGCAUCCCUUUCUGGUUGGGCUCCACUACUGCUUUCAGACAACAGAGAAACUCUAUUUUGUCCUGGACUAUGUGAACGGUGGUGAGCUCUUCUUCCAUUUGCAACGCGAGCACACUUUUCCAGAGCCAAGAGCUAGAUUUUAUGCAUCGGAGGUGGCCAGUGCUAUAGGAUACCUGCAUUCACUCAACAUUGUGUAUCGGGAUUUGAAGCCUGAAAACAUUCUCUUGGAUUCUCAGGGUCAUAUUGUACUAACCGACUUUGGGCUUUGUAAAGAAGUAAUAGAACCAACAGGAACAACUUCUACUUUCUGUGGGACACCUGAGUAUCUUGCCCCAGAAGUGCUAAAAAAGCAGCCUUAUGAUCGGACUGUUGACUGGUGGUGCUUUGGGGCAGUCCUCUAUGAGAUGUUGUUUGGAUUGCCACCUUUUUACAGUCGAGAUGUAGCUGAGAUGUACAAUAACAUUCUCCACAAGCCACUUCACUUGCCAAUGGGAAAAUCGAAAGCUGCUUGUGAUAUUCUGAUGGGCCUUCUGCAAAAAGACCAAAAGAGAAGAUUAGGAGCUGAAGCAGAUUUUCUUGAAGUAAAAAAACACAUAUUCUUUUCAUCCAUCAACUGGGAGGAUAUCUACCACAAGAGAAUUACCCCGCCAUACAAUCCCAAUGUGGCUGGCCCUGGUGACCUGCAGCAUUUUGAUCCUGAAUUCACACAAGAAAUUGUCCCUAGUUCAGUGGGACGCAUUCCUGAUUCUGCAAUUAACAGCCCAACUGCAACAAGUGCAUUUCUGGGAUUUUCCUAUGCUACUACAGAUGACAAUUUGAGAUGA